GAGAAUAGAGAAACGGUAGUGGAGUAGCGAUAAAAGAGAAAAUGGGUGGCAAAGGAGGCGGAGGUAAAGGAUCAGGGGGUAGUGGAGGAGGUGGAGGUGGUAAAGGAUCAGGGGGUGGUGGUGGAGGAAGCAAAGGAGGAAGUGGAGGUAGUAAAGGCUCUUCAUCUGCUUCUUCGGGAUCAAAAUCAUCUUCUGGCGGAGGGGCCGGGAAAAGCAGUGCCUCACAUAGCGGCGGUGGUGCUGGUGGAAUGAUGAAAGCCCCCGGAGGGGGUGGUGAACAAAUAUCCAGAGCUGGCUUUGAAAAUAAUCCAAGUGGUUAUUUUCAAGGAAUUCGAAAGUAAGGACUGCUGGACUACAAUGAUCUUAUAGCUAUAGGUUCUAGUUAACAUGUAGAUAUACUGAACUGAAACUACGUUUGUGUCUCUUUGUGUUUUGUGUUUGAAUGAGAGCGACUGUA